CUGUCUUAGUGACUUUGAAACAUUUUCAUGACGGACUGAGGAAGCAAGGUCGUAAAAUAGUCAAACGUGCCUUCCAUUUCCGCGACAGAGGUAAGAACGCAUGGUUGUAUCAGAUUUUUGAGUAUAAAGUAAAUACUUUUAUUUCAAAUUUUUUUAGUUGAGAUUUCCUCCUUCAAAUGUUCCUCAUCUGUCCGAACUUUCUCUGAUUUCCGACAAUGAAAGACGUUCCUGCAGUUAAGUGACAACGAUUGCCAACUUUUACUUUAUUCUGGCGUGUAUUAACUGUAUUGCCGCUUCGUGUUAGUUAUAAGCUUAUUAAGCUGAGCUUAUUUUAACAAGUUACAGCUUUCGAAUUCACAAAAAUUCGCAAGCAAUGCCUGCCAUUUACCUUGGACAAAAUAAGUAAUUCGGGAGAGUUACAAAGGAUAUCCAAAUUAUCGAUUUGAUUCAGUGCAAGCCCUUUUGAUCGCAACACUUUCAGUUUCGUUUGCGUGUCAUGCGGAGCAUGUACACAAUCGUGUUUGGCACAAGCUUUCAUGUCGAGCUUAUGUACGAAUUAACUUAAUUUUCUCCCGUAUUUACAAUGCAUUUGAUCAAAAAGCGAUAAACGUUUUCAGCGUAUUUCAUGCCUUUAUGUUUAUCAUUUUAUACUGUAGUUUGAAAGUGAUUUUUUCUUUUCGAUAGACAGCUUAGAUUGUCCUUCCAAACUGUACUGUAAAACUGAUUUCCUUGUUAAAUAUUGAGACAAGUUGAUUUUUCUUCAAAUUCAGCUAGUUAUUUACUGCAAUAGUCCUUUCAAUUAACUGCAUUCGAGUUUUAGGAGUCCAAUUCAUCAACUGGUAAUGAUUGAUUAGUGUCUGAGUGAAGUUUUACCUUUUGUCAUCUGCUAAUCAACAUACGAUCAAUCAAUAAUCAUACCAACUGAAUGUUUCCGAUCAAUUUUUUUUUUAUCAAAACUGGUUUAGUUCUGCAUGAGGCUGCAUGCAUCCAAGUAUGUGUUUGGUGAUAAUUUAUGUUGUUAUAUGGCAAGGUAGUCUUGGGAUAAAUGUAAAGUUCUGAUUGGUUCUUACUUGGUCAGGAUUUUGCCACAUAAACCAUCAUUGCACCAUACAGAAAAUCAUAAAACAUAUAAAUUCAUUGUAAACUAGUUUAGUCCAAGUGACAUUGGUGCAUUACAAUUACCUUGCUCUCUUGAGGGGUACUAGGGAAUAUUGGCACCAUGUCAUUCCUAUACUGUUACAACCUUGGGCCAAUAUACCUCUGUAAAGCCCUGGUAAUCAGCUGGUUAUAUAGAAGUUGUAGUGGUUUUUGUAAAAGCGAUAUACACUUACAGGCUAUUUUGAAUUCCAGUUCAAUUGACUUCCUUUUUACUUCACAUUUAUUGAAUUUUUUUGUACAUGAAGACAGCCAGCAAGGAUUAUUUGAUAUUUAAAAAAACAACCAGUCAUGAUUAUUAGGAGAAUUAAAGUUAGCAUCAAAGACAAAUCAAUUGUGUGCACAGACAAUGUAAAUAUGGAAUAACUGCAAAAACAGUCAGUUAAAUAUACAUCUACUAAUAAAGCAAAAAUGUCAGCACCUGCACCAAAUUGAAAUCCAUUUCAACAUGCAUCAGCAUGCAUAAAUAUUUCACUGUUUUUCCUGUGAUAAAGUGAAACAGUUGAACUAACAAUCACCUAUACAAAUAUGGGCAUCAGCUCAACUGUAUGAAAUUGAAUAAAUGAAAUAUAUCUUUUAUAAGUUUUGACCAGUAAUCCCUAUUUAAAAAUCAAAUAAGAAAAUUUUACUUUGGUGUUGUAAAAUUUGUUUCUUAUGAGAAACGAUUCAGCAUAAACUCUCUCCUCUUGCGGAGACAUGGUGGUCCUAUGAUUAGUGAGGUGGACGCACAGUCAUGAGGUCUGCAUUUGUAGCCUAGCCUGUGCUGGACUCAGGGUCAAGAGGUCUGGGUUCCAGUCAAUGUGUUGUGUUCUUGUGCAAAACACUUUACUCUUACAGUGUCUGUCUCCACCCAGGAGUAUAAAUAGGUAUGAGUAGGGGGGGGUUAAAGGGGGGGGAAUAAUGGUGGAAUGGACUUCCAUCCUGUCCAGGGCUGGGUAGUAAUACUCCCAGUUGCUUCAUGUGAGGAAACCAGGAUUAAGUAAAGCUCAUGCCCUGGACAGGCCACUUUUCAAAUUCAGAUGGGACCUAACUACCUACCACCUCUUAGUUUAAAUGAUUUAAAUUGCUACUGUUAUGAAUUAUAUAAACUUGAAACACACAGAUGUUGAUUUUUGCCCAAUUUAUUUUAGUCAAUUGCAUAGGAUAUCUUUGGUAAAUCUUGAAAUUUAUUGUAAUGAGAAGUGAAUUACUAUUUAUUUAAAUAUUAAUGCUUGUUUUCUUCAGUUUAUAUAUCUUUUGUUCUUUUACUGCUUUAAAUAUGUUAUUAAUAUUAAUUGCUUGUGAUUUCGUGUCUAUGUAUCCCUCCCAUUCUCAGAAGGGAAAAAAUAUUUAGUUUAGAAUUGGGUAAUAUGUUGAGCUAAUUUUUUACCAUUUGCAACCAUCUUUUUUUCAGGCCAGGAUGACUUAAAACAGCAACUUUUUGAAAGAAGCAUCCCCUUAAGUUGCUAUGGCUAAAGAAAGAAGUCCAAUUAAGGUUCCAUCUGAAAAUGAAGACUUACCUGAUGAAGAAGAUGCUCCAGAUUUUGACAAGGACACUUUACGAGGUGAGCUAGGUUCAACUUUGGCUUCAGUCACUGUUAAAACAUUUUCUAUUCCACCAGUUUCAAGAAUGUAAGCAGAUGUGGAGAAUGAUAUUAGUACACUGCAUGACCACUUUAAAGGAUGUCUCACCAGUAAUGACUCUCUUCUAUGAUUAUAAUAUGUUGUUCAUUGACUGAGAGGAUCUAUGACAAAGUUCAAAACAAGUACACAAAGUUGUAAUAAGUAAAGACUUUAUUUGAUCAUCAUAUAACAUCCAUUUUGUAAGUUUGCAUCAUAAGUACCACCAUCAUCAUCAUCAUCUUGCCAUUAUAUUAUGCAACAAUCCAUUGAAAGUUUCACCUUCCCCCAAGCAACCAAUUUCCAGUAGAGUCCAAGUGUUAUAUCAUUGAAUAUGGAGAUGUUUAACCCUUGACACCCUAACAUCAGUAUCCAUAUUCUCCAUACUAUUCUUUGUAUGUUUCUUUUGGUACUGAAAAAGAGAAUUCAUUUGAAGAUUAAUGCUUCUUAGGUUGGUGAUCAUUUCCUUUAUUCUCAUGAGCUUAGUCAAUGAUUCAGCAGUAUUACUGUAAGGAGAAGUGAGAUGCUGGUCACUCUAAGGGUUUAAAGGGUUAAGGUAGUGUAUUGUUUGUGAAUGUUGAAGUCUACCCUCCUCACCCCUCUUGUUUGUAUAUCGGAGCAUACGUGUUGCGAUGUUGGUAAUUAAAACAAUGUGUUGGAUGCCUUUCAAAGGUGUUGUUCACUGUUUGUGUUAAAUCCAUAAAUACAUUACAGGUUGAUAGUGAACUUUCACUAACAAAUGGCUGAGAAGAAAAAAGUCUACAAGGUCUAGGAUUUAAAGCUUGGUCAAUUAGUUGAAAGUCAGGUUGCUAAUUACUUUUUUUUGGCGUAAAAAUUCUGUCAGGCAUUUGAACACAUUAUUGAUUUUGCUUGUGGAAUAGAAAUUUUAGGAAACCUAUCUUGAAAAGUUUAAAUGCCUAAGGGUUUGCUUCUAAUUGAGUGAUGUUAAAUUCUCAUCAUUAUUAUUACCACUGUUGUCACCCACAUUAUUAUAACAUCAUUAUAAAUAUUAAUCUCAUCUUCUUUAUCGUUAUUCUUAUCAUUUAUAUAAUGACUAUUUUUCUAUAAGUAAUAUAUUGCUUCUGGUUUUUGUGAUUAGAACAUUUGGAUCUUUGACUCAUUUACAAGCUAUCUAAAUGUAUUAAAGGCAGUAGACUCUUCUGCUCUUAUAGUGGAGCUCACAGAGCGCAGCCCCAUAAUUAUACAAAAUAGUAGUAACCCAUCAAGCCGAAAAGAUUUGUAUGUACGACCAUACGACCAUAGAAAGUGCUACUUUUAACAUGCAUGGUCAACUGUACCAUGGGCAUGCCAAAACCAUGGCUUUGAGCACUGGGCUCCAAGUCAGAUGACCUGGGUUCUAGUCCUGGCCGGGGCAAGGUGUUGAGACGUGCGGGGAAAAAAAAAUGCGCUCCGCUUUUAGGCUUGGCUAAAUCUAUAUAUUAAUAUGCCACUUUCUUCUAAACAACAACAACAACAACCACAACAGCAACUGAGUCUGCUCAGUUGAGCUUUCAACCAAAAAAUCUCUCAUGAAUUUACUGAAUGGAGUGUGUCCUCUGAAGGGGGUGGGGGGGGGGGGAGAUUGCACACAUUCCCUAAGCUUUUCAGGGAUGGGUCAAGUCAGGCAGGUGCAAAAGUGCUCUGGCACAAAAGGAAAAAUCUGCAGAUUUUAAAUCUCCAGAUCUUGGCAGCUUUGCCUAUACACUAAUUAACUACAACCACAGAUAAUUAUUAACUACAACCACAGACUUUGACAAAAAUGAUUUUUUAUUUUUUCUUUGCAGCCGCAGCUGAUGGUUAUAGGAAUGAGGGUAAUGAAGCCUUCAAGAAAGGAGAUUUCAUCAAUGCUAUUCAUUUUUACACCAAAGGAAUUAAAAUGAACUGCAAUGAGAAAGAACUGAAGGCCAAACUGCACAACAACAGGGCUAUUGCACAUUUUAAACUUGGUAAGGUGAUGAGAGCUUUAAUAUGCAUUUUUUUUUCUCUUUUGAAGCUAUUGAAUUGUCAGUAUUAGUUUUCUGAGAUGUUUUCUGAGUUUUCUGGUGAUAAUUUUUGAUGCAUCCCAGAAAAAUAUACAUCUUAUUUUAAUUGGCCUCUCAAAUAUACAAAGAAGUAACCUCUUACCCCAGAUAUCAGUGAGCAUUUCAAGUUUUUCCCAAAAUUAUUACAAUGGAGUGGUGGUUGAUUUGCUACGUGUAUGGCUAAUCAGAGAUAUUUAUUUUGAUAACAGGAAAUCACCAGGAUUCACUAGGGGAUGCAGAAGUAGCCAUUGAGUUUAAUCCAACUUUCCUUAAAGCAAUUGUGAGAGGUUAGAUAUGUUAGCUGUGCUAUAAUAGUAAUAAUAAAAAAGAACUCAACACUCUAAGGUUAAAUGAAGAGUUCAAUCUUGUCUCAAUUAACAUUAAUUAAGAGGUCAAGACCACCCUGAUGUACAUUUGAAUCCAGCUCUUGACUGUUAUGCAACUACUUUCCAUUAAUUAUGAUGAGAAUAUUAUUUUGAGCUGGAUGAAGAACUCAAUGGGGAAUGCAAAGCAAAACUUCAGCACAAGUUAGUUUUAAGCUCACUGAGUGAGGUAGUCACAGUUGUCAGAUAUGUUAAGUCAAUAUGAUAUCUAGCUGUUUUAAAAAGAAGUAAGGAUCAGGACUUAUGUAACUCUUUAGGUAAGGAAUUUAAUAUCAGUCCCAAUUUAAAUAUUCUUAGAAGUUUCAGUUGUCUUAAAAGCUAAAUAAAUGUAACUGAAACCUAAUAGGACCUGUUUAUUCUUUUCCAUUCAGUUCUUUUGUUUUGUUUUGUUUUGUUUUGUUUUGUUUUGUCUUUUUUUCUUCUGGUCUGUAAUGAUUUCAAUGGUUUCAGGUUCUUUUCUCGGAAUUGAGCUACAGUAUAAUAUGCUUCUUUAUGUUGUUGCCUACAGGAGCCACUGCUUGUGUUGAACUGAAGAGAUUUGAAGAAGCAAUCACUUGGUGUGAUAAGGGACUAGCUGUAUCCUUUGAAGGAAUCUUUCAUUUUUAACCAUGGGUAUAGUGGAAAAAGUUUCCAUAAUUUGAUGUUUCAAGGGAGAAAAUACAAAGAAGGGUAUUAAUUAUGAUGGGAACUUGUCAGCUCAUAUACUUAAAGUGUGUGUGAUUAAAAACAUAGGAGAAGUUAUUACCUCAUGACUAAUGAAAUUACUCCUUUUAGCCAAUUUGACUUAGUUCUACUAUCCAUGCCAAUAACUGUUACAUUAGUUUAAAUAACCCUUUAAUUUCCCAGACCAAAUUUGUAAUUAUCCUUACUGUCAACCAUACAAUUCUUGUAAUGUUAGUGCAGAGAAUUCAGUAUUGCAUCAACUAACUAUUUUCAAAUUGAUAUAUUACUUUUUACUCUCAACACUUAUCUGAUUGAUAUUGUAUUGCUAUUGUAAGGAGAAAUUCUCUUUUGGUCACUCAUGGGAGUUAAAGGGUUAGAAGACUAAUAUUCAUCCAGUUUAUACAUAGUACGUGGGUAGAUGAUCUCUCUAAAACAAGCCAAAACAAAAAGCUCGGUAAUGUUUACAUAUCUUAUGCAGAUUUUCUUGCCUUCGACCUUUUUCCACUACUUAGAGACUCGGAAACUUUCGUUUUACUUUCCUAUGGACAAAUAAAAAUUUUAAAGACAUGUGUUUGUGUUGUAGACUCAUUUCUUCCACUGCUUUUAAACAUUUGUCUGAUGUUAAAGCUAUAUUAAUUUCAAAAUUGAGCAAGUGCUAAGUUUUUGGAAACUAGGGAUUAAAUCUAGAUUUCACGUUAAAUUUUGAGGCUGCACACAGAAAAAACAUUUUUUGAAGUGUAGAUUUACUUCAUAACUGACUUUAAGACUGAAUGUUGAUAAAUCAUCUACCUUUCAUGCGAUAUUAGUCCUACUAAUGGGCCAUUUUAUAGUUGUGUACUUAGUUGCCAAGCCUUUGAUUUGGAGUGAGGCUGAAGGUGACCUUGUUGUGAUAGAGAC